UUGGCAACAACUCUGUUUGUUUCUCCGGUGUGUGAUGCAACAUAUCGCUUGUAAUAAACAUAGUGCAUUUAGUAUAGUGAAUAUUGCUAAUGUCAUGAUGAUUGUACAAACUCUUGUAAUUUUACUUUAAGUGAUCUGCAAAGUGAUCUGCAAGUUUCUUUCGAUUAUAACAAAACUCGCCCAUUCCUAUAAAACGUUUGGAGUUAGCCUUUUUUUUCCCAUUUAAUAUAUGUAAUAUUUUCUAAUCGAAAUGCAUUCGGAAAAUAAAGAUUUAUGCACUCAAACAGAUGCUGUUAAUUCGGAUGUUAGUAAUCCGAAUAGUGACUCUCGGACUUCAUUCUAUCAAGAUUCGCCUGAUUAUAGACCUCUGAUAAAAAGUUCAUCUCUUCAUAAAAUAAAACAAGACAAGAACUAUUCCAAAGUUUUGGUUUCGUAUACUGGUGGAACGAUAGGCAUGAUACGAUCUAAGGAUGGUGUUUAUGCUCCUGUACCCAAUCUCAUGGAAAAGAAAAUCAAAUUAUAUCCUCAGCUUCAUGAUCCGAUAGCUGCUGAAGAAUACAAUAAAUGUUAUCCUGAUGAAAAUGUUUUAAUUCUACCUGAUGUUGGAGAAACAUCUAGGGUAGUGUAUGUUAUUGAAGAAUACAAUCCAUUAUUGGAUUCAUCUAAUAUGACUAUGGAUGACUGGAUAAGGAUAGCUAUGAACAUAAAGAAAUCAUAUGAAGCUUAUAAUGGUUUCAUUGUGCUGCAUGGAACUGAUACUAUGGCAUACACAGCAUCUGCACUAUCUUUCAUGUUAGAGAAUUUAGGAAAAACUGUUGUAAUUACUGGAUCUCAGAUUCCACUGUAUGAAGCUCGGAGUGAUGGAAGGGACAACUUUAUGAACUCUUUAAUCAUUGCCGGUAACUAUUGCAUUCCUGAGGUAACAGUACUGUUUAACAACAAGCUGUUUAGGGGCAAUAGAACUAGUAAAAUAAGUACAUCUAGCUUGGAUGCUUUUGGUUCUCCAAAUUUAGCACCACUUGUUAAAAUGGGUAUUGGAAUUCAUGUUGAAUGGCGAAAUGUCUAUCGUCCCACCAGUAUAGAAAAGUUUAAUGUACACUGUGUUUUAAAUCACAAUGUUGGCCUUCUUCGAUUAUUUCCAAGUAUUACUGUUGAAGUGGUUCGGGCUUUCUUGAGUCCACCAAUAGAAGGUGUGGUUUUGCAAACAUAUGGAGCUGGUAAUGGACCAUCACAAAGAAAGGAUUUGUUUGAUGAAUUAAAGCGUGCAAAUAGGAGAGGUGUAAUAAUUGUAAACUGCACCCAGUGUUCUCUUGGACAGGUGGAAACAUCAUAUGAAACUGGAAGUGCUCUCAUUGAAGCAGGUGUGGUUCCUGGGUCAGAUAUGACACCUGAAGCUGCAUUAACAAAAUUAAGUUAUGUUCUUAGUAAAACAGAAUGGUCAAUUCAAACAAAAAGAACAAUGAUGAAAACAAACCUGAGGGGGGAACUUACAGUUCAUAAAGAAAUGAAAGUUGAAGACUUAGAUGUUUUUACGUCAAUUAUUCAAUCACUUCGACUUUCAACUUCAGAGGAAAUUGAUGCUCUGCAAGAUGCUCUCUCUCCUACAAUUUUAUGCAGUAUUGUGUCUGAAGGCAACUUAGAAAAGCUUGAAAUCAUGAGGCAAUUUGGUGUAUAUCUUUCAGCCUGUGAUUAUGAUUAUCGAACUCCACUCCAUAUUGCUUGUGCAAAUGGAAACCUGCAAAUUGUUGAGUAUCUUCUGAAACACGGUGCCAGUGUUCAUAUGCGAGAUCGGGAUCAUAGGACACCUCUAAUGAAUGCAGUUGAGAACGAUCAUCAUGGAGUAAUAGAGCUAGUAAUUAAAGCUGGUGCUUACUUGAAUUUGCCACCAUUAAUAAUUGGAGAAAUGCUCUGCAGUGCAGCAAAACAGAAUAACUUACGGCGUCUCGAGUCUUUGCUGCUUGCUCGUGCUGAUCCUAAUGAAGUUGACAGCACUAAAAGAUCUGCUCUUCAUUAUGCUGUUGAAAUAAAUUCUAAAGAUAUUGUUACUUUCCUGUUAAAUCAUGGUGCAAAUGUAUCUGCUCAAGACAUAUAUGGACAUACUCCUUGUGAUAUUGCAAAUAUCUUGAAACGUUCUGAUCUUUUGGAGCUGUUGCAGAGUCCUUUAUCACCUGAGUAAUUGUAAAACGUUAAGAUAACAGGAAAUCUCAUUUUGCAUUUCUAGUCAGUGAAAUCUGCUUUAAAACUUGAAAUCUUAUUUAAUGCUGAUCCCAUUUACAGACUUGCUUCUCUGUGAUGUUUUCCUUCAUUUAUUACUUUAAAAUAUUUUAACUCAUUAUGCAUGACAAUUUCCUCAGGGUAUGCACAGAAAACUGGCAGUUUCACUAAAGAAAUAACUGUCAAAGAGAGCUGUUUUCAAUCUAUAUCUGAAGUUAAGCUACAGCGCUAUUUUAUCAAGUUUAUCAAGUUUCUGCUUAUCAAGUUUCAGAAGCAAUGCAAAUGCUCACUUAAAAUGCAAGAAAAAUUUCAAAAUGUAUCCUUAAAAUGGAAAACAGAAUUAAAUUGCACAGUAGAUGUUUACAAUAUAAGUACAUGUUGCCGCCCAGCAUGUAGUAUCAGUGCAUGCAAGUUUCCCAGUAAAAUAUAACAUUAACAAAUAUCAAGAUGACCACCCACUUCUGUGAUGUAUGAAAAGGAUAAAUUAGCAAUUAUCGACUUUUCAGGUAUUGAAGGCAAGAGUUGCCAAACACUUAUGCUGAAUUGAAAGAGGCAGUAUUUAUAAUUUCUGUAUAUCACCGUAGUAGUUUAUGCAUGGACUGUUAACAAUGUGUUUUCUGGCAAGAAACUCGUCGCCGGCUGCGAGAUAAAAAAAAAGGCAGUACUAGCUAUCCUAUAUAUUAAAAGAAAUAUGCAAAAUUCAGGUUUUACUCAUAUCCUGACACAACUUUUCUGAAAGUGAGGGGGGGGGGACUGUUAGAUGAAGUGUUUUCAAUCCUAUUUGUACUUAUAUAAAGACUAUUAAGGUUAUCUUUUGACUCUGAUAGUACCUGCCACCUAUGCUUGCUCUGUUAUUCAAGUAUGGAGUAAUAAAUUGUUAUAUAAUAAAUCAGCUUUAAGUUUA